GUAGAGUAGAAAGGAAAACUAACCCUAACCGUCCAGCCUCCUCCUCCGCCUCAUCCGGCCGCCGGCAGCCGCCUCCACCCUCCAGCCAUCGAUCCAUCCAUCCAUCCCAGCGACCACUACCGGCCGGUCGCCCCUUCCGGCCUCAUCCCGCCGCCGGCAACCGCCUCCACCCGCGUCUUCCCGCAUCAAUCCAUCCAUCCAGCACCAGCCGCCACUUCCCGCAUCGACCGCCCCUUCUUGGUGAGGAUGGCGAGCGACGGCAGGGCAAGAAGCUGACCGCGAUGGUGGACUGGUGGUGUUGACGACGACGACCGGCGCCCCUCCUCUUCCUCCGCGGCAUCUGCAUCGACCCGAGAGGCUGAGACCAUCUAGGUGUGAGCAGGAUGGGGAUCGCUGCCACGGAAGACCCCAAAGAGAUGAAGAACCACCAACACCCUGUGGAUGAAAUGGAGAUGAAGGUGGUCAAGUUUUCGCGGGGGAAGGCUGCUAACUUGGCGGCUAUGCGUGAUAAGAAGUUGAAGGGUCAGCUCACCGGAAAAGAGAAGCUAAUCGGAAUAUCUGCCAAAGCUGCUGCGCAGGCUGAAAAGUGGUUUUUACCUGUUGAGGGGGGCUACUUGGAGCCUGAAGGUUUGGAAAAGACAUAUAGAUUUUCACAGCAUCAGCUUCGUGAUGGUGUCGACAUUUUGAAUUCAAGAAAACCAUUUGAUAUGAUCUUACCUGAACUUGGUCCUUAUACUCUAGAAUACACCUCAAAUGGUCGCUACAUGAUAGUAGGUGGGCGAAAAGGUCAUAUUGGUAUGAUGGAUAUGUUGAGUAUGGAUCUCAUCAAGGAGUUCCAGGUGAGGGAAACUGUGCGCGAUGUGGCAUUCUUACACAAUGAGCAACUCUUUGCAGUCGCUCAGAAGAAGUACCCCUACAUAUACAAUCGUCAUGGCACAGAAAUUCACUGUUUGAAGGAGCAUGGCAAAGCGCUGAAACUUCAGUUCCUGGAUAAACACUUCCUCUUGGCAUCGAUAAACAGCUUCGGGCAGCUCCACUACCAAGAUAUGAGCACCGGCGAGAUGGUUGCGAAUCACAGGACAGGUCUUGGGCGUACUGAUGUUAUGCGGGUAAAUCCGUACAACGCUGUCAUUGGCCUUGGGCAUGCUGGUGGCAAAGUUACCAUGUGGAAGCCAACCAGUGUGAAACCACUUGUCACAAUGCUUUGCCAUAAUGGCCCUGUGACUGCUGUUGCAUUCGAGAGGGGCGGUCAUCUUAUGGCAACUGCAGGUGUUGACAAGAAGAUUAAGAUUUGGGAUCUCAGGAAGUAUGAGGUUGUGCGUACACACCAUGCACGAGCUGAGUCCUUGGAUUUCAGCCAGAAGGGGUUGUUGGCCGCCAGUAAUGGAUCUCUAGUAGAGGUAUACAAGGAUGGUGGGGGCCAUGAUUAUAAAAUUUACAUGAAGCAUAGGAUGGUAAAGGGAUAUCAGAUCGGUAAGGUUUUGUUCCGCCCUUACGAGGAUAUCUGUUCGCUUGGGCACUCCAUGGGGUUCUCUUCCAUUCUCGUUCCUGGAUCAGGCGAGGCCAACUUUGAUACCUUUGUCGAGAACCCUGUGGAGACUGCCAAGCAAAGGAGGGAGAGGGAGGUGCAUGCUCUCCUCAACAAGCUUCAGCCGGAGACUGUGAUGCUUAACCCAAACAUGAUCGGUAACGUGAGGCAGCCAAAGAAGAAAGAGAAGAAGACCAAAAAGGAAGUCGAGGAGGAGAUUGAGGAUGCUGUGGAGGCUGCCAAGAGCACGAAGGUGAAGAACAAGACCAAGGGCAGGAGCAAACCCAGCAAGAAGGCCAAGAAGAAGGAAGAAGAGGUCCUCAGAGCCAAGAGGCCUCUACUGGACCAGUACAAGGAAAUCGGCGGAAAUCCUGAGAAGAAACAGCGGGUAGGUGACAAGGCCGAGCUGCCGAAGGCCCUGCAGCGGUUUGCCAAGAACAAGCCAUCGUGAUCUUGUUUAUCUAGCAGCUUGUGUUGUAGUAUCGUCUAUCAUGUAGCUGGCUAGUAGUAUUUGAGUCCAUGUGGACGGUGGGAAAGGACGCAGCAAAUUUUUGUCCCCAAAUAACUUGUGUUCUAGUUGAAAUUCAGCUCGUCUUUGAGUUGA